GCUUUAGGUGCAAGUGUUAGGUGACGAAUGGAGGAGCUAUUGUCUGGGGAUACUGCCACUGAAUUGAAAAAAACUACCCCUUGGGUGGGGUGAGCCUCAAGGUGGGUUGUUGCUGGCUGCAUGGCUGUUAGCUCCACUUCCAUUCUUUCAAAAUGGCUUGUAACAGCACCACUUCCUGUCCAGGGAGGAAGUAAUUUUAGCCCAGGCACUGAAAUAUUUAGCAAAUCUUUAAAACAAAAGGCACAAAUUCCAUUUCUUUCUGGUUUCAAAAGGGUGCCUGAGCCACAUGGGGUUAAGUUGCCCCUUCAGCUGGGGUAGCUGGAAGGAGCCAGGGCUGUGGGGGUAGCAGGCACCCUUUAGGUGGAGGCUAUCUCUUUUUUUGGUAGAAAUGAAGGGGUGGGUCUAUGGUACAUCACCUGAGUUGUGGGGUAAAUGUAGAGAGUGUCAAUCAAAGGCAGAGCUCAGAGCUGGGAAGGAGCUCUAGAUGGCGGCUGUGCCUUAGAGAGAGCGCGCUCAGCUCCGUGCCUUCCCCAACACUUUACGCAACUUUCCCUAACUUUCGGGCAGCCUCAGGGGGCCCCCACAGCCCCUUGCCUCUCCUAGGCACUAAUCGGGGGCUGAGCGGACCUUUUUCGGGCAGAAAAGCAGCUUUUGAGGGCUCCCUUUUCGUGCCUUGCUGGAAAGAAGAAGCCGUGGAGAGAGCCCAGGUCGUUGUUUUUCCAGCUUAGAAGCCAUGGCGUACCUCCAUUUUUGUGCGCUCUCCUAAUGAGCUUUUUCCCCCGGACAUUUUUCUACUAAUUAUCGCUUCUUUUGCUUUAUCGGCAACAUAUUUUUGAGAUUAGAAUAUAUAUUUUUUUUCAUUCUCUGAAAUUCAUAUUUUAUCAUUAUAACUAUAAAUAUUUUGGAUCUAAUGUUUUUCCACUACCCGAAACUAAUAUCGACUUGGUCCUGGCGGCGGUGCAUGGAUCAGUAAAUACCUGGGCACAGGACUUCAAAGCAAACAGACACCCCUGACCCCCUCUUAAUAUUUAAGAAUAAAAAGAUGAUGAGAAAUAAGGACAAAAGCCAAGGAGAGGAGGGUUCAGUCCACAGCAAUGCAUCGAGUCACUCGGCAUCCGAAGAAGCCUCUGGCUCUGACUCUGCAAGCCAGUCUGAAAGUGAGCAGGGCAGCGAGCAGGGCAGCGAGUCAAACAGCAGCUCGGAGUCCUCUGAAAGUCAGUCUGAAUCUGAAAGUGAAUCAACGGGUUCAAAAUCCCAGCAGACCCCUCCUGAAACCAAAGAAAAACCGGCCUCUAAGAAGGAAAGGAUAGCAGAUGUUAAAAAGAUGUGGGAAGAAUAUCCUGAUGUUUAUGGGGUUAGGAGAUCAAACCGAAGCAGACAAGAACCAUCGCGAUUUAAUAUAAAAGAUGAGGCAAGUAGUGAAUCUGAAAAUGAGAGCCCAAAAAGAAGAGGCCAGAAGCAAAUGAAAAAAACAAAUAAAUGGAAAAGAGAGGUCUCUGGUGAAGACGAGGAUGAAGAUGGAGGGGAUCAAGGCUCUAGUGGAGAGAGUGAGCCUGAACCGAAGAAAGUUAAAGCAAGAAGACCUGCCCAAAGGAGAACAAUGGCCAAAACCAACGUUAAAAAGCCUCACAAAACCCAGCGUGGGAAGAGGAGAAGGAAACCAGACUCAUCUGAAGAUGAUGAUGACGAUGAAGAUGAUGAGACUCCCAAGAGACAAACUCGACGAAGAGCAGCCAAAAAUGUCAGUUACAAAGAAGAUGAUGAUUUUGAGACGGAUUCUGAUGACCUGAUAGAGAUGACUGGGGAAGGAGCUGAUGAACAACAAGACAACAGUGAAACUAUUGAGAAAGUCUUGGACAUCAGGCUUGGAAAAAAAGGAGCCACUGGUGCUUCCACCACAGUGUAUGCAACUGAAGCCAAUGGCAAUCCAAGUGCUGACUUCGAUCCUGAAAAGGAUGAAGGAGAAGUUCAGUACCUGAUCAAAUGGAAAGGCUGGUCAUACAUCCAUAGCACAUGGGAGAGCGAAGAGUCCCUGCAGCAGCAGAAAGUGAAGGGCCUGAAAAAGCUAGAAAACUUCAAGAAAAAAGAGGAGGAGAUCAAGCAAUGGCUGGGCAAGGUAUCACCUGAAGACGUUGAAUAUUUCAACUGCCAGCAAGAGCUAGCUUCAGAGCUGAACAAACAGUAUCAAAUAGUGGAGAGAGUAAUUGCGGUGAAGACCAGCAAGUCCACAACAGGACAUUCAGAUUUCCCAGCAAACAGUCGUAAAACAUCCUCAAAUGACCCUGAAUACCUGUGUAAGUGGAUGGGGCUGCCUUAUGCCGAGUGCAGCUGGGAAGAUGAGGCUCUGAUAAGCAAGAAAUUUCAACACUGCAUUGACAGCUUCAACAAUCGUAACAACUCCAAAACGAUUCCUACCCGGGACUGCAAGGUAUUGAAGCAGAGACCGAGGUUUGUUGCCUUGAAGAAACAGCCUUCUUACAUUGGCGGUGAGAACCUGGAGCUGCGAGACUACCAGCUGGAGGGCCUCAACUGGCUCGCUCACUCGUGGUGCAAGAACAACAGCGUGAUCCUGGCUGAUGAAAUGGGCCUGGGCAAGACGAUUCAGACAAUAUCGUUCCUGUCGUACCUCUUCCAUCAGCACCAGCUGUAUGGCCCUUUCCUGGUGGUGGUGCCCCUGUCCACUCUAACCUCAUGGCAGAGAGAGUUUGAAGUGUGGGCACCUGAGAUAAAUGUGGUGGUUUACAUCGGAGACCUCAUGAGCAGGAACCUGAUACGUGAAUAUGAGUGGAUCCACUCUCAGUCCAAAAGGUUGAAAUUCAAUGCACUUAUCACAACAUAUGAGAUCCUCCUCAAGGAUAAGGCUGUUUUGGGAAGUAUUAACUGGGCCUUUCUAGGCGUGGAUGAAGCCCAUCGGUUGAAAAAUGACGACUCUUUGCUGUACAAAACAUUGAUUGAUUUCAAGUCCAACCACAGACUGCUGAUCACUGGCACCCCACUUCAAAAUUCCCUCAAAGAGCUCUGGUCCCUGCUGCAUUUCAUCAUGCCGGAGAAAUUUGAGUUCUGGGAGGAUUUUGAAGAGGAUCAUGGAAAAGGUAGAGAGAAUGGCUACCAGAGCCUUCACAAAGUCCUGGAGCCGUUUCUCCUGCGCAGAGUGAAGAAGGACGUGGAGAAAUCUUUGCCAGCCAAAGUGGAGCAGAUCCUCCGUGUGGAAAUGUCUGCUUUGCAGAAACAGUAUUACAAGUGGAUUUUGACAAGAAACUACAAAGCUCUAUCAAAGGGAACAAGGGGGAGCACAUCUGGUUUCCUGAACAUUGUAAUGGAGUUGAAAAAGUGCUGCAACCAUUGCUACCUUAUCAAACCUCCUGAGGAAAACGAGAGAGAGAAUGGCCUUGAGACCCUGCAGUCUCUGAUCAGGAGCAGUGGAAAGCUAAUUCUCUUGGACAAGCUACUGACCAGGCUGCGGGAGAGAGGCAACAGAGUGCUGAUCUUCUCCCAGAUGGUGAGGAUGCUGGACAUCUUGGCAGAGUACCUGACUAUCAAACACUACCCUUUUCAGCGCUUGGACGGCUCGAUCAAAGGGGAGAUCCGAAAGCAGGCGCUGGACCACUUCAACGCUGACGGCUCUGAGGACUUCUGUUUCUUGUUGUCAACACGAGCUGGAGGGCUGGGAAUUAAUUUGGCCUCUGCUGAUACUGUUGUUAUCUUUGACUCGGACUGGAACCCCCAAAAUGAUCUUCAGGCUCAGGCUCGGGCUCACCGGAUUGGACAAAAGAAGCAGGUGAAUAUUUACCGCCUGGUCACAAAGGGUACGGUGGAGGAGGAGAUCAUUGAGAGGGCCAAGAAGAAAAUGGUGCUGGAUCAUUUGGUAAUCCAGCGUAUGGACACCACUGGCCGGACUGUUCUGGACAACAACUCUGGGCGAUCCAACUCAAACCCUUUCAACAAAGAGGAGCUGACAGCUAUUCUGAAGUUUGGAGCCGAAGAUCUUUUCAAGGAGCUUGAAGGGGAAGAGUCAGAGCCUCAGGAGAUGGACAUUGAUGAGAUUUUGCGUCUGGCUGAAACACGAGAGAAUGAAGUGUCCACCAGUGCCACCGAUGAGCUCCUCUCCCAGUUCAAGGUGGCCAACUUUGCAACCAUGGAGGAGGAAGAGACAGAGCUGGAUGAGCGGUCCCAGAAGGACUGGGAUGAUAUCAUUCCAGAGGAGCAGAGGAAAAAGGUGGAGGAGGAAGAAAGACAGAAAGAAUUGGAGGAAAUCUACAUGCUGCCUCGUAUCCGGAGCUCAACUAAAAAGGCUCAGACAAAUGACAGUGAAUCAGAUGCAGAAACUAAGAGAAGGCUUCAGAGAUCAUCCGGAUCAGAAAGUGAGACUGAUGAUACUGAUGACGAGAAGAGACCAAAGCGCAGGGGGCGUCCUCGGAGUGUUAGAAAAGAUACUGUGGAAGGAUUUACUGAUGCUGAAAUCAGAAGGUUUAUCAAGGCUUACAAGAAGUUUGGACUGCCUCUUGAACGGCUGGAGUGUAUUGCCCGGGAUGCUGAGCUGGUGGAUAAGUCUGUAGCUGAUCUGAAACGGUUAGGGGAACUCAUCCACAAUAGCUGUGUCUCAGCAAUGCAAGAAUAUGAGGAGCAACUGAAAGAAAAUCCAGGUGAAGGGAAAGGACCUGGAAAAAGAAGAGGUCCUACUAUCAAGAUUUCUGGUGUCCAAGUCAAUGUGAAAUCCAUCAUCCAACAUGAAGAGGAGUUUGAAAUGCUGCAUAAAUCCAUUCCCACGGACCCAGAGGAAAGGAAGAAGUACCGCCUGACGUGCCGUGUCAAAGCUGCCCAUUUUGAUGUAGACUGGGGAGUGGAGGAGGAUUCUCGCUUGUUAGUGGGCAUUUACGAGCAUGGUUAUGGAAACUGGGAGCUAAUUAAAACGGAUCCGGAAUUGAAGUUAUCUGAUAAGAUCCUACCUGUUGAGACAGAUAAGAAACCUCAGGGAAAACAGCUCCAGACCCGAGUUGAUUAUCUACUGAAACUGCUGAAGAAAGAUCUGGACAAGAAGGAAAACAUGAAAGAUGGGGAAGAGGGCAAGCUAAAGAAGAGGAAACCACGAGUAAAGAAAGAGAACAAGGCUCCGAAAGUCAAAGAUGAGCAUGGGAAUGAACUCUCCCCUCCUCGGCACUCGGACAACCAGUCAGAAGAAGGUGAAGUCAAGGAGGAUGGCUUGGAAAAGAGCCCAGUGAAAAAGAAACAGAAAAAGAAAGAGAACAAAGAGAACAAGGAAAAACAGACAACAACUAAGAAAGAAAAGGAAAGCGAUAAAGAGAAAAAGAAGACAAAAGACAAGAAAGAGAAGCCUAAAGGUGGUGAAGCCAAAUCUGGAAGUAAAAGGAAGAGAUCGCAAGGUCCUGUCCACAUUACAGCAGGGAGUGAACCGAUCCCCAUUGGAGAAGAUGAGGACGAUGAUCUGGACCAAGAAACAUUCAGCAUAUGCAAGGAAAGGAUGAGACCAGUGAAAAAAGCACUGAAGCAACUUGAUAAGCCUGAUAAGGGACUGACUGUUCAAGAACAGCUGGAGCACACACGCAACUGCCUCCUAAAAAUUGGGGACCGCAUCUCUGAGUGCCUUAAAGCCUACACUGACCAGGAUCAUAUCAAGCUAUGGAGAAGGAACCUAUGGAUAUUUGUGUCAAAGUUCACAGAAUUUGAUGCCAGAAAACUGCAUAAACUCUACAAGAUGGCUCAUAAGAAAAGAUCACAGGAGGAGGAGCAGAAGAAGAAGGAGGACAUGUCCAGCAUGAAGAAACCAUUCCGCCCAGAGCCUUCAGGCUCCAGCCGCGAUUCUGUGAUGUCCCAGUCUCACGUGCCUCACAAUCCUCAUUCCCAGAAGAUCCACCUGCCCCCUUCGCAUGCCCAGCAGCAGAUGCACGGGCACCCGCGUGACAACUAUGGCCAUCCAAACAAGAGACAUUUCAGCAACACAGACCGAGGAGAAUGGCAGAGGGAUCGCAAGUUCAACUAUGGUGGCAACAGCAACCAGAUGUGGGGUGGGGAGCGGCAUCACCAGUAUGAGCAGCACUGGUACAAGGACCACCACUAUGGGGAUCGGCGAUCUCGUGGAGAGCCCCACCGGAGCUCUGGGAACUACAGACCAAAUAACCUCUCCCGCAAGAGGCCAUAUGAACAGUACAACAGUGACCGAGACCACAGAGGCCACCGAGAUUAUUAUGACAGGCACCACCACGAUUCCAAGCGUCGACGAUCCGAUGAGUUCAGGCCCCAGAACUACCACCAGCAGGAUUUCCGACGGAUGUCUGAUCACAGGCCGCCCAUGGGAUACCAUGGCCAAGGACCUUCGGACCACUACCGGUCCUUCCACACAGACAAAUCGGGAGACUACAAACAGCCUCUCCCUCCACCUCACCCUGCAGUGUCGGACCCUCGCUCACCCCCCUCUCAGAAAUCCCCCCAUGAUUCCAAGUCACCUCUUGAUCACAGGUCACCUCUGGAUAGGUCAUUAGAACAGAAAAACAAUCCAGAUUAUAACUGGAACAUUCGGAAAGCAUAA